CGGGUGGAAGCGUGGCGGUCGCGUGGUGUGUUUAGAAUAAACAUCUUGUCUGCAUAUAGUUUUGUCAACUGCUGUACAGUAUACACGUUACGAUAUUAUAUAUUUAACAUCCACUGCAGUGAGAUGAGCUCGUGAGGAGUUUCAGCAACGUGUGUGUUUUUAAUAUUCCGAGUAAACGGGCAUUGCGGUGGCAAGUGUAACGAACAAACGGCUCAAACGAACGCGUUCAGACAUGUGCAAUCGGUGCGAGCUAAAGAUAAUCGUGUUAUCUUGACCUUCAGCGAUGAACAAUACAAGACUGCUUUGUUUACAUUCAUCGUGUUUUUAAUAUUUCUAGUGAAUUCUCCGUGAAGAACUAGAUUUGAUACUUAAGUGAUUAGAUAAAAAAAUAGACUUAAAUAUGCAUAAAUUCAAUUGUCUCAGUUUAACUUUUCGAAGUAAUAAUGGGUUGGAAAAGUCGGUGUCGAUAUAUUUGGACUUGAGCAGUGAGGGGCUUUUCGCAAGUCCAGAAAAUUCCGUUCCCUUGGACUACGCUAAGAUCUACCCGGAUCCAGAGUCGGAGAAGGCUAUCAUGAGCUCAGUGGUCUACUGCAUUCAUCACAAGGAAGGCUGCAAAUGGUCCGACGAGCUCAGGAAGCUGAAGGGACAUCUUAAUACAUGUAAGCACGACGCCAUUCCAUGCACAAGUAAGUGUGGCGCGCAGAUACCCCGGGUGCUUAUGGAGGAUCAUCUGAAAUACACGUGUCCACAACGUCGCGCCAGAUGCGAAUUUUGUAACAAGGAUUUCACAGGCCACACAUUGGAAAAUCACAUUGGUAGCUGUAGUUUUGAACCAAUGUACUGCGAGAACAAGUGCGGGUUGAAGGUUCAACGUAGACAUCUCAAUCAACACAAGACGUCCGAGUGUGCAAAGCGUCUGCUGCCUUGUCGAUAUUGCAGCAAGGAGUUUGUGGCAGACACUCUCACAGCUCACCACGUUAAGUGUGGACGCGUUCCUGUGGCGUGUCCCAAUCGGUGCGACUCCACAGUGCUGGCACGUGAAGAGCUGGAAGCGCACUUGAAAGAAAAGUGCACCAUUUCGACAUUGCACUGCAGUUUCAAGGACGCUGGUUGUCGUUUUAAGGGACCACGAUAUUCAAUGGAGAAACACCUCGCAGAAAACUGUCAAGAACAUCUUUCUAUGAUGUGCUGUAUGGUAACAAAACAGCAGCAUCAAAUUACUUCGUUGAAGAGCGCAAUUUCACGCCUCAGUUUAAAUUAUUCGGGGACACUAAUAUGGAAAAUAAGCGAUUUUUCUGCCAAAAUGAGCGAGGCUCGUAGCAAAGAGGGUAUGGAAUUAGUGUCGCCACCAUUCUACACUAGUCAAUAUGGAUAUAAGUUGCAAGCGUCACUUUUUCCCAAUGGAAACGGUGCAGGCGAAGACAGUCACAUUUCGGUUUACAUCAAAAUUCUGCCCGGCGAAUACGAUGCGCUUCUACGUUGGCCAUUCGCCCACUCUGUCUCAUUUACCAUUUUUGACCAAUCGACAUGCCCGGAUAAGGCAUGCAAUAUCGUCGAGAGUUUCAUUCCGGAUCCCACCUGGAAAAACUUUCAGCGACCGAGCAAGGAACCCGACUCGCUAGGUUUUGGGUUUCCACGUUUCGUAUCGCAUGAAAUGCUACGCAAAAGGCACUUCAUGAAAGACGACACAUUGUUCAUUCGGGUUAAAGUUGACCCGAGUAAAAUUGUAGCGGUCUAAUUUUAGCGAUCUCAUUCCCCGAAUUUAAAUUUAAAGACAUAUCAACGUUUCUAUAAGACUGUAACAUAUGUAAAUAGUGCUCGCGAUAAGUUUUAGGGCAAAAUACGUAGUGUUUAACGAACUGUAUAUUUUUUUACACUUACAUAACUUAAUUCGAAGUGAACAUAUUGCUCAGGAUUGUAAAAAACCUGAUUAGGUAGUGAAUGUACUUUUUAAAAAGUAUUGUCUAGUUAUUUUGCUUUUUUUAUUUUUGUUUUUGUGAUAGCUGGAAUGAACCAAAGUUAAUAUUUCGACCCAUUUGAGGAAAUUUUCGGUCAAUUAUGAUUGAGAUGAAUUGUAAAUUUUACUUGCCUGUCUGUACAUAUAUGUUUAUAGCAAAAUUUUAGUUUUGAAGACACAAUAUUAAAACAAUAUUAAUGUAUAUGUAGAAGUGCAACUAUGUACUGAUCAAUUUUAUAUGUUUCAAAUAGUAGAUCCUAAGUGAAAUACAGUCAAUUUUAGUUGUAAGUCUUUACCUUCUAGGGUAAUGUAUAACUUAUGUUUUUUUACUAACGUUGGGUACAAUAUAAAUAAAAAGUUGAGGUGCAUCCACAA